AUGCAAAAGCGUGUAGCGCACUGGGUGGUGCACCAGUGGCGACUGUAUGAGCGGUCGCUGUGCUCGCUGCUGGAGCUCCAGGCGCGCAAGGGCGCGUACUGCUGCUCGCCGCGGUACGUGCUCGCGCCGGAGUACGGGCCGCACCUCCUGCCGCUGCAGCUGACUACGCAGCGCCACUCGCCGCCACCAGCGCACUUGUAG